UCGAACAUGAUGUGCUGCUAACGGUAUGAUAUCUAAAGAAGUAAAAUGCCGAAAAAGAAGCCAGUACCUGUCGAGGACCUUAUUAUUCCUCCCCAAGACAACAGAAUUUGUGGCACAAUAUGUUUAUGUCAAAUGACUUUAGUUCUUAGCAGUGUAGCUAUAGUUUAUUUAACAGUCGCAAUAUACGUUCCGUCAACUCGUGCAAUGAAAUCGGGGAUAUCAGAAGACCCGGUUAUGUGUACUACUACAAGAGCGGUACAAGUGGAAACCUGUGAUUGGGGGUCAUGUGGCGAAUGGUGUUUAAGUAAAACGUCCGGUUCUUGUAUGCAGAUUUACGUUAAUCUUAGACAAAAUGGAUCCAAUUUACUUUUAGCGAAUUGUACAAACACGGCGAACAAAACAUGUUAUGGGAUUGAUCAGGAAAAUGCUAAAAGAAGUCGAUGUAUAGCGGACGACUGCAAGAACCUUACAGGAACGUUCAAUUGUACUAUGGGUAUGUGUAUAAAUAUAACAGACGCGUUUGAGUGCAUCUUUAAAGAAACAGAUCCUCCUCUUAAAUGUUCCGGUAGACGAGGAAAGAUCACCUGUAUCGAUUUAAAUGGUUUAUACAGCUGUAACAGAGGAACUUGUGAGAGAAUUCGAACUCCAUACAACUGUGACAGACGAUGUGUUGAUAUUCCGACUAGAAAUAAAAAUGUUAUACUACUGAGUGGUGAUAAAGUCUAUCUAUCGCAAUGUCAACGUGCUAUAGAUCUCGAAAGUGGUGAAGAAAUAUGGAAUGAAUCUCAAGACAACAUCAUGAUGUCUUCUUGUUACAACAUUCUAAAUACAACUAAAGGAGUAGUUGCAGUUGAUUGCGUCAAUGGUUCUUUGCUUGCAAAUAAUAUAUUGACUGACCUUACAAAUUUUACAUAUUUGAGUUACUUGAGCGUUUUCAAUGCGAUUCCAUUGGAUGAGAAAAGAAUUAUAGCGCCUCCGGAGCCAGAUUUACUAAUUGCGAACGAAAGUAGACUCUUGAUAAAUUUGGAAGGUUGUGUUAAUACUUUACGUGAUGAAUGUAAAGAGUUUUUACGCGUUUAUGGUAAAGAUGGAACCGAUCAUAACGCUCGUGCGCGCUUCCCGUGUUUCUAUUCGAUCGACAAUCCAGGAGUUGUCGUUGCACGUUUUGAUUUGGCGACCACAACAAAACAGUUCCUUGUAGCGUCCGUUUUGCCCUCCGUACUUUUUGUUGUAUCAUGUCUCACACUUAUUCUUUGUCAACGGACCGUUGUUGUCGGAGAUGACGCUAAAAUGCGUUUUCAGAGCUGCGUUUCUGCUGACAACGAAACUUUGGAGAAGACUACCUCUGCAAACAAUAUGACAGAUCGAGGAGGGGGAAACUCGAUAAUGGCACUUUGAGAUCAAUCACGCAUUCCCCUCCUGCUAGAUCGAGACUGAAUGAAAGCAAUCUAAUCGCGAAGGGGAAAGCGUCAUUUUUAGUAGCACUAUAUAUAUAUAU